GACCGCUCAUCCACCACCUCGCCAGCUCCAUCACCGCCCACCAAACAGCCCAUGCGCACCACAACUGCCCCAACCCGCUCCGCCUAAGCGCCUACCCGUCCCUCCACACCCGGCCUCUCGACCGAUGCCACACCCCCCACCAACAUAAUGCCAUCAUCCCUCGCCGCCGACGCCGCCACCGAGCCCAGCGAGCGUCCCUCUGAGCGCCGCGCCCGCGAAAAACGCGAACGCGACCCCAACAAGCCCAAGAAACCUCGCUCCUCCAAGCCCCGACGUAUCGAUCCGGAGACGGGACUGCCGGUGCGUCGACGCAAGCGCGAGAAGGAGAAGGAGAAGGAGAGGGAGGGCGAGAUGAAUGUUGGGUCCGAGCCCAGUGCGUCGAUGGCGGAUCUGGUGCCCGAGCUGUCGAGGACGGCGUUGGCGCCGGGGGCGAGCAGGGAGACCUUGCCGCCGUAUCCGAGUUUGAGUAAGGCGCAUAGCAAGGAUGCGGUGUAUAGCAGGGUUGAUCUGAAUAAACCGGAUGUGUAUACGCCUGAGCCGACGGAUAUUGAGGCGCACAAGGCCAGGGGCUCGCAGGAGAGUUUGAAGGCGAAGGGCGCGAGAGGGUCGCAGGAGAGUCUGAAGAGGCAGGGGCCGCUUACACCGCCAGAUACGGAGUUAUCGGCGCAGAGGAAGAGUAGUACGUCGACGCCCGCAAGGGCAGCGAAGAUCAGAGAGGAAGAGGCAAAAGGGUCGAGGCCCAGCUCACGAGGGUCGGAGAGGUCGUGGUUUGGACGCCCGAAGGUUAUGAGGGAUGAUCGGUCGAAGGUAUCUACGAAGUCGAAGGACUCGAGAGGCACGGCGAGGAAGUCGUCGAGGCCUAGGGUUGAUGUCGUGGAGGCCGUGGAAGAUGAAUAUCUCAGCGACGAGGGACAGUCAAGGUCGGGAUUCGAUUCCAACGCAACGUCUAUUGCUCCGAAACGCACACAACCUCAGCAAGUCGCAGCGGGAUUCGGACGACGACCACCAGGUCUAGAUACCGACUCAGGACAGAGCAACCGCGAGUCUGCAUCCCCACGCACACCCACAGCAACACCCAAAUUCGACGCCCACGACCCCAAGAACUUCGCACGCGACUUCAGACCCACACCCUCGCCAUUCGUGAAUUUCGACGUGCCCGGCGGGGGACAACAACAAUCCAACUUCAACUCACCCCUCCCCCCACCCCCGCCCCCACCACCCGUCGUCCCCAUCAACAUCCCCCGCGUCGACUACUUGAUGCAAAACGGCGGCCUCUCCCGCCCCGUCCCCAAAGUCCUCCUCGCCGUAACCCCCUCCUACAACACCACCCCUUACCUUGGCCGCGCCUCCGCCCCCGCCCCUCCCGACAUCGAAAAGGUCUUCGGCCCUUUCUACAGCCUCCUCGACCAGUACGAGACAGUGCUCGACAAAAACGGCUCUGUGGCUGUCGCAACAGGCUACCGCUCCAUCGCGCGCAAACUCCUCGAUCGCCUCGAAAACGUCUUCGCGCGCGAACUCUCCGCCGAGGGAUGCACGUGCAUAAUGUGCAGCUCCGACCCCGACGCGCGCCUCUACCACGCCCGCGCCCUAGGCUGGGGCGACGUGCUCGAAUGGGUCAGCGGCCGGCGCAGUCUCCCCCCCUACCCCGCCUUCGAUUUCGGCGCCACGACAACCGGGCUGGGUCUCCCCUCCCCCCUAACAGACGAUGGUCGUCCUUCCUCACCCCAGAAAAUCGACCCCGACAUCGCCGAGGAGUUCCGCGAACACUAUCUGCGACAGAGCAAGAAAACCAAAGCAGUAGUGGAUAAAUGGCUCUCCGCCACCCCGGGCACCGCCGCCCCUCCACCCCCAGACAUCGACGACGACACGCUCUCCUUCACCGUCCUGACCCACCUCCCCACUCCCUCCCGCCCCAUCUUUUCCGCCCUCCUCGCUGGCUCCGCCACCGCAACCACGACUCGCGCCCCCACCCCAGCGCCAAAAGUCCGCUCCGAAUUCAUCGCCAAGACAACCCUCGCAAUCCAGCGCCUCUACCGCCUCCCCACCGCACCGCGCGAUCCAGAAGCUGCGAUUUACCUCCUCCAUAACCCUUCCUUACACCACCUCCUCACCACGCUGUCGCUCAUCAAUAUUGCGGAGUGGGAAAUUCUGAUUUCGGGGCGCUUUGACGGGUUUCUCUGGUCCGGCGCGGAUCUAGACGCCGCUGCGACGUCCUCUCCUUUUUCUGAUCCAAAUUUCCCCUCCCCGCCCUCCCGCGGCCCGACACCCUCCUCUGCUGCCCCGCCAUCCCGCGGUCCCACGCCAGCGGGGCGGUACCCAUUCUCCCCCCCUCCUCUCAGGAACGCAUUCGACACCUCCCCCCCGUCUUCCCGCAACCCAACACCAUCAGCCUUCCCACCACCAAGUAUCCCCGGUACCCCCUUCCAAGGCGGUAGACACCCCGUCUCAAGCGACGAAGACGCCGAGAUCGCCGUGCUGGCUGAGAUAGAACGCGAUAUCUACGCUGGCAUGGAAGCCCUGGAAGACGCAUUCGAAGCUCUCCACCGCAAGGCGGAGGUAGUGCGACAAGCGCUCCGUCAGCGCGGUGCUGGUUUAGCAAUGGCUGCGCAAUCUCGUCGCGGCGGGGCCGGGAUAGGAGUCCGCGCCGCUACGCCGGGAGGAGAGAGUGCGGCUGGUGGUUGGGGUGGGGCAAAUGGAGGAGGGGGGUGGCAGGAGGAGGAAAGCGAGAGUGGGAGCGAGUGGGCGGAGGAGGAGAUCGCGCCGGAUGAUAGUGCGAGUAAUAUCUCGAGUUCGAGGCAUAGGAGGCCGAAGAGGAGGAAUGAGAGGAGGACGCCGGCUUUGGUGGAGGAGGAGGACGAGGGUUGAGAUGUGCACGACACGACGCGGUCUGGGUUGUUGGGGAUUGAUUGUGGGUUGGCUUAUACUCGCUCCUCAGUUUUGCGCUUACUUUUGCUUUUGCUGAGUAUACGAAUUUGCACGACGCGGUGUCAGGGUGUUUUUGCUUUUGCUCGGAAAUUUGCUUUGCUUUGCCUUUACUCACAGCCAUCUUCAGGCUAUUUUGCUGGUCUAUCAUUGUCUUUUGAGCAUUUUACGAUGUGGUAUAUGUCGAUCUGGAUAGGCUGGAAAGAUGCAUUAGGAGGGGAUUACAAUACAGUGUGAGGGAUGGAGUUACAGUAUUUACGAGUACCAAGAUGGAUGUAUGAUGAUGGCUGAUGGAUGGGGGGAUGGAUGGAUGGCGGGAUGGUGGGAUGAAGAGGUGUGACUGUACUCUAGUAUACGAGAAUCAGAUCGAUGAUUGAUAGAGGAAUGCACCUACCUUUGCACUUUCCCUGCUCCCCACUCCCCCAGUGAUCCCGUGACCUGUUCUAUCAAUCUCUUCGCUCCCUUCCACUCCUGGAACGGCCGGAAUAAAGAACAGUCGCCAGCACCGCCUACUACCACAACGGAAAUCCCACACGAAUAUCCCACACACCAAUAACGCGUACCUGCGUAAACAAACAAACAAACCCUAGCCCUCACACACACACACAAUUACCCACACUCACCUAAAUUCACCAAAACCCCCCAAAUCUCACAAAACACGGUAAAAAUCCACACCCCAGAAAUUCGGAUCACGUGAAACUGAGUUUACCCCUAUUCAUACAUAUGACAUCUCUCCCCUUGUCAGGCAAACAAAGGACACAGAAGCAAUUUCACGGGUUAUGGUAUUAUAUAGAUCACAUCACAAAGAAGGAA